AUGGUGCAGUGCGUCCCUCACUGCGGUGGCCCUGCCGUGUCAUCGACGCCGGCGGGAUCCGUUUCUUCUCCCGUGGACGCCGGUGACGUGACGCGUGAUUACAUCGCACUGGCAGUGCCGCUCCUUCACAUUCUGCAGCAGCGACAGACGACGCAGGCACUCGCGGUGGCGCGAGAAAUAACACGGCGGUGGGGAGAAAAGGCAGGGCCAGUAGCAGAUUUGCUGAGGCUUUUGCAGCAUUAUGAAGAUCUACAGCAGCAGGAAGAGGAAGAGGAAGAGGAAGGAGAAGAGAGUGAUGACGAUGACGAUGAUGGCACUUCGAAUAGUACUGCCUCUAGUGAUGCUGUCAUGAGUAGUUGUAGCACCGAUGAUGACGAUGACGCGGGAUCCGUGGAGAAUGGUGCGGCGGAGAGCGGAGACGUGACGCAGACACUCCGACAAAUUCUAGCGAGGCUUCCGCCUUGUGACGCUGCAGGAACGUCAAUAGGUGCGGGAUUGAAUGCAACGCCGGUGGUGAAUGACACCGCCGAGGAGAGUGAAACGGAGGAAGAAAGGCGCAUCUUCAACGAUAUUGCUGGGGCCGUGGAACGUGAGAUGAAGCGGCUGGCGAUUAUAAGGAAGCACCGCUGA